GACUCACGCACGCAUGUAAAUAAAUACGUGCCGCAUGCGUGCCAAUCGCGGUUUGUUGACGAGAGUUAAUUUCGUUCCGGAGAGGCAUUGUUUUCUUUUGGCAUUGUUACAAGUACACGCGUACGUAAUACGAGCUCGUUGAACGCGGCACACAACAAACUCGGAGUCACAGUCACAACACGAUCGUUGGACGAUGGUGAUGUACGACGACGCUGAAGAAGAAUCCAAGGAGAUAACGGACAUGAAUAUCCCGAAGAGCGAUGGCCUCCUGUCGGUGGUCUUGCCUUCCGAAAUUCCGUCUUCGGCCAGCUCGCAACAGCUCUUUAUAAAUCAAGACCAACAGGACGAGGAAGCUUCGGACUGUCCACUCUUGACGCCGAGUCCACCUCCGGCCGUGCAGAUAAAUAAUUCUCUCGAAUCGGCGCCUAUAUACAGGCCUCUCGAAGGAGCACCUCUGGAAAUGAUAACGACGCCAACGCUCGAAAAUAUUAACGAGGAGGACGGGCUUAACGCGUUCAUGAAUCUCGUGAACAGUUCGUCGAAACCUCUUCACGAUGAACCGAGUUCGCGCGAUCCGAUGGUGGAAUCGAGCACGAGCGGUAGCAGCAGUGACACGAACGAACCGGUUUGCGCUCAAUUACUUACACAGCUGAAUACCGCUUAUCAACAUUUAGCACCAGACGCUCAAGCUCUAUUUUACAAUCAGGAGAACGGUGGGAAGCCACCGCUCGUUGGAAUACAGCUGGUCGUGCCCAAGUCUCCGAAAGAUUAUCGAUUCAUGAAAUGGAACUGGCCGCUGAUAAGAAAAACUUGCUUUUGGUCGUUGAUGUCGGUCCUGGCUGGGUGCACUGCUCUCGUCAUAGGCGUCCUCGCGACCAUGCCUAAAAAAUGCGAUCCUCCCGUAGAAUGGUGGCAAGGAAACGUCUUCUACGAGAUCUUUCCAGCCUCCUUUCAAGAUUCAUCGAAGGGGGGCGACGGUAUCGGGGAUUUGCGUGGUAUCACGAUGCGAUUGGAUUACCUAAAGAGACUCGGCGUUCGUGGAAUUCGUCUCAACUCGAUCUUCCCGGCACCGCACUAUCCGGAAUAUUAUUCGGACAUCAGCAACAUGACGGAUAUAAACGUGAAUCUCGGUACGUUGAAGGACUUUGAAAAACUCCUAGAUGAGGUACAUCGUAGAAACAUGAGCCUUAUCCUCGAUCUACCGCUUUAUCCGUACGCGAAGACGCUUCGAGGCGAGGAAGGACAAGCCACGAACAAGACGAACGAAGGGAUCCGCGAAAGAAGAGGCCUGAUCGAGGAUUCGAUGCUCGAGGAUAUGGUUACGACGACGCCUUCCACGUCGAUUAAAAACGUUCGAAAUACUUUCUCGACGGUUAGCGGUAGUCCAGCACCGUUCGAGGAGCCAAGAGCUCUACCGGUCGUCUCGACGGAUUCGAUCGGCAACGAACGUUCGAUCGGUUCGGCCAUCAAAACGUGGAUCGACAGAGGGGUCGAUGGAUUUUAUUUGAGGGGUCUCGAACGUUACGUACACGAAAGUCCUUUUCCCAAUAUCUUAAGGCAUUGGAAGUCGCUGCUCGGCCCUCGAAAGAUUCUCAUUUGUCACGUAGACGCGCUUAACGCUGCGAUGCAUUUCGAGCCAUCCAGAAACGCGAUUCUUACGAGAAUAGAUCUGAUCGACGUCACUUUGCGCGUAUCCAAUGGAACCGAGGAUAUAAAGGCUCAAGUAGAAGCCGUAACGAAGGGUAUACUUUUCGAGAAAGCGUCCUAUCCGUGGGUUCACUGGUCCGUCGGUGGCGUCGAUUCGAGAAGAGUCGCUUCCAGCAUCGACGUCAAGAACGCUUCGAUGGCUGUCUCUCUUUUGGCUUUGAUGCUUCCUGGAACGCCCAGUAUAUUUUACGGAGACGAGAUAGGUAUAAUGGAUUGCGAGUGCGAGGAUCAUCAGGAUCUGGCACAUUUGCAUAAUCUCGCACCGAUGUACUGGGAAAAGAAAGACGGAUUGGACGACAAGUUUGCGUCGGUCGGUGUCACUGCCUGGUUGCCGGAGGCAUCGAAACCAUUGGAAACAAGUCUGAUCGGCACGAUCGCCGAGAUGGCUAAAUUGAGGUCUGACACUCCGACGAUUUACGUUAAAGCUAUUUCCAAGGAUAGCGAUGUCAUGGCUAACUGUGAUAUUAGGUACACGAAGGAUGAGAUAAUCGUGAUAGAACGAUGGUAUCCUCGGAGAAACUCGUACGUCUUCGUCGCUAAUCUCGGCAAUGGGUCCAAACUGAAGGACUUGUCGUCCCUUUAUUACGGUGGCCACGUCGUCGUCGGACCAGCCAACAGAUUGAAUCAAGACGUUUUCUUCAAGGAACUGAAUGUUCCACCCGGCGAGGCUUUCGUCAUCAAAUUGGACAAGUGAGAAAGUCGAAGAAAAAAAAAAAAAAGAAAUUCAUGAAAUCAACAUUCGCGUCUGAGCCAUAUUUUUUCGUUGGCACGUCGAGUGCCAAAUGUGAUAUAUCUAUUCUACGGUGGGAGUUUCACGCUCCUUUUGGGUGCAAGGUGCGCACCUCAAUAGUUCAAGUUCCUCUUUAUGAUCGUAGAUAGAAAUCGUUUUCUUACGAGUCGACAAAUUUUUUCUUUAAUCAUUUCUUUGAUCAAUCGGUCGCGGCAACUGGCAACCAGUUGACUACACGAACAUAUCGUUUUAUCGAAAUUAAUUUCCAAACGAGAAAAACGGCUAAAAAGUUUCGCAAGGUUCUACGAUAUGGUUCUGCGACAUGGUUUUGCGACAUUCUUCUGCGGCACGGUUCUGCGAUAUGGCUUUACGAAUAGCAAACGCUGUUCUCUCUUAAUCGGAACGAAGAAAACCAUUUAACAUUUAUACGUAUUGUAUUCGAGUUAAUCGUCACACAUGUAGAAUCGUUAUUCACAUUCCGAAAGAACGAUGACACUUCGAUUUCGUAAACCGGGUUUAUCACUUUGUACAAGUCUCUAUGUGUUCACUAUUUUUAACAGUUUGACCUGUGGAACUUUUGCUUCAACGACACGACGAACGUCCUCUUUUUUUUUUUUUUUAUUACUCUUCCUUCCGAUUGAGCCUCCAUAGAACGUUCUUUACUUGGAAUUUUAACGAUUCGUAACUACUUAUCGAAACGUUUCUACGUCGUAUUUUUAAGUAAUACAGAUAUACAAAGAUAUUUUCAUGAGAACAUUUUUACCGGGAGAAAACAAACGGUAAUAUCUUGUUAAUACGUACCCGCGUCUAGUGGGAUUUUGAUCAGGCGUUAAAAAAUUUCUUUUCUUCGAUCGUAUACUUUACUUCGAUAGUAAUUGAAAUAUAUAUUCUCGAUCGAUUGGAAUUAAACCAACUUGCAUUCGAAUUAUAUAUUUUCUAUAUAAUAUGUCA